CAUUUAAAUAACUUUGCGUACUCGCGUUUUUUAAAGACUUAUCUAUAAAUAAAAAAAUAAUUACAUAUGUAUUUAAUUAAGCACAAAUUAGGUUAGGAAAAUACAGCUGAAAACAUUUCUAUACGAAUGAGAGGUUAGGUUCGUGUUACAUGUGUCUGUUAAUUUUCUAAAUAAUUUAACAAAAUGGGAAAAUCGAAAAAAUUAAAAGUCUCCAAAGGCGAAACAAAGCAUCCAAAAGUAGGACUGGCAGAUCAAAUAGAAGAGGAAAAAACAGCAAAAUUAAAAAAUAGGAAUAAGAUCAGAAUUCGCAAUGAUGAAGAUGAAAAGUUUGUGGCCCCUUAUCUUACAAAGAAGAUUUUAUCACAAGCCAGACAGCAACAAAUUGAAAUUGAAGAAGAAAUUGGAAUAGGGCAAACAUCGAAAUCUACAAGAAAACCAAUGGUAAAACUUGGUCCAGAGUUUAGCGAUACAGAAGAAGAAGAACUUAGUGAACAUGAACAUGAUGAUUCACAAUAUUAUGAAAACAUUGAAAUCGAUGAAGAAGAUGAACGUGCUAUACAAAAGUUUAUGUCUAAAGAUCCUGUACCUAUGAGAACAUUGGCUGAUAUAAUAUUAGAGAAAUUGACUGAAAAGAAAACAGAGAUUGAAACUCAAUUUUCAGAAGCAGAUAGUAUGCAAAUGCAAGAGUUAGAUCCACGAGUAAAAGCAAUGUAUGAAGGUGUUAGAGAUGUUUUAGUAAAAUAUCGUAGUGGGAAAUUACCUAAAGCAUUUAAAAUCAUACCUACCUUAAGAAAUUGGGAACAAAUAUUAUACAUUACGGAUCCACCAAAGUGGUCAGCAGCAGCAAUGUAUCAAGCUACUAGGAUAUUUGCUUCUAAUCUUAAGGAAAAAAUGGCACAAAGGUUUUAUAAUUUGGUAUUGUUACCUCGAAUUAGGGAUGAUUUAGUAGAGUAUAAAAGACUAAACUUUCAUUUAUAUCAAGCAUUAAGAAAAGCACUAUUUAAACCUGCUGGUUUUAUGAAAGGAAUUUUACUCCCAUUAUUAGAAUCUGGAACCUGUACAUUAAGAGAAGCUGUUAUUAUUGGAUCUGUGAUCGCUAAGAAUUCAAUACCAAUUUUACAUUCAUCCGCGGCAAUAUUAAAAAUUGCAGAAAUGGAUUACACAGGUGCAAACAGUAUUUUCCUUAGGAUCUUUCUAGACAAAAAAUAUGCACUUCCAUACAGAGUCAUAGAUGGCCUUGUAUUUCAUUUUUUGAGGUUUGAAAGAGAUCCCAGAGAAUUACCAGUUUUGUGGCAUCAAGCAUUAUUAACGUUUGCGCAACGUUACAAAACUGAUAUAAGUUCAGAACAGAAGGAGGCUUUAUUAACAUUAUUAAAGAAACAAUCUCAUCAUUCGAUCACGCCUGAAAUACGAAGAGAAUUACAACAUGCCAAAUGCAGAGACAUAGAAGGUGUAGAACCUAAACCAGAACCAAUGCUUUGUUGAAUAUUCAAAAUAUUUAUAUUGUGAAAUGUAUAAAUUAAAACUCUUCAUAAAAGAAA